GAAACAACAACUUGAACAUCCACUAUUCAACUCAUUAAGGGGCCAAAAGGAGAACCUAAAGGAAGUGCUAAUCUUAAUCUUCCUUUGAAAUAAGGAAUGCUAUUUUUACAAGCUCCCUUGAUACCGCUCUUUUCUCUAGUCGAUCGAUAGUCGUGUUCUCCCUGGCUGUUUCCAAAUAAUUAUUUCCUGCGAUCCAUUGAUUCAGUUCCCCGAAGAAAUUUGAUUGAUAAAAAAAAGAGGUGAUUGAAAAGAAGAGAAAAGAAAACAGGAUCGAACGCGGCUAUGCGACUUUUCGUCAUCCCGAUAUCGACGAGACGAGCCCUGAUAUAUGCUCGGCCGCUGCGCAGAGAUCAUGCGAAGGAGCUUUCCAUAGCUGAUCGAAUCACAAACAAAGUUGCCGAAACAUGGGCCAAAUGGGAGGAAGCUGAAAAGGGUUGGAAAAAGAAUCUAGUUUCUUGGGGUAAUAAGGUCCAACAACGGAUCCCCUAUGAAGAAUGGGGGCUCAAGAGCAUACCUUCACUCAAUGCCCAACGGCGACUGGAUGAAUCGUACGGGUCGAAGAAAAUCGACGUCCUUUUCCCGGGAAACGCGAUCAAAUCAGAAAAACUAAAGCCUAUCCUCUACAGAAUUGCUACUGAAAGGCAGGACUUGCAUCGUAAGAGGAUGUGGUGGAGCUUUAUCGCGUGUCCUUUUACCGCGCCAGUUGGGCUGAUUCCACUAAUCCCUAACAUUCCUUUCUUGUAUCUCGUAUAUCGAGGCUGGUCCCAUUGGCGAGCUUUAAACGGAUCCAAGCACUUAGAAUAUUUGGUCGACAAAGACCUUUUGAAUCUUACAUCGCAUCCAGUACUUGAGCGGCUGUACGCGAAGCGGGUUUCACGUGCGUUGGAAAAGUAUGACACUGAACUGUCAAUUCCAAGCAUGGUGGAGGACGUGGAGAAAAGUGACGAUAGAUUGCUACUUCGGAUGGACGAUGCCAAGAAGUUGGCUUCAAUACUUGAGGCACCGGAGCUCGCUUUGGAAGCCGAAAGAGCUAUAGUCCAGGUUGAAGAGAAGCUGAAGGCAGAUAACUCGUCCACAGAUGAGGGUGCAAAGAAAGACACCCAGAAAGAGAAAGACUCGUGAACAGCUCAGAUAUAGAAUAACUAAAUGUGGAUGUGCUCAUGUUUUAAACGGCUGAUAUUGUUCGGGAUGUUUGGAUUAUAGGUUUAUAGGCUUGCGAAUGUUUCACGGUAAUUAUAUGACAAUAUACUGAGGCUUUUAAUAGUUGUACAAAUACAUGAACUGGAUAGAAGCAGGAGUUAUAAUUCCCCUGCAUACGGAUUUAACAU